UUUCUGAAAAUUGGAUUAAUGUCUCUAUCUACUUGCCGUAAUUUACCUGUGUGUUUUAUUCUGUGGUCGAAUAUUUUUUAAACUUUUUAUAACUGACUGGAUUUACGAGAAGCUUAGAAAUAAUUAGCAAAACAGAAGUUGAGGCAGUUUAUAAGUUGAACGCCUUACUGGGAGGGCGUGCUGUAGUGGUAGUUGAGUGACAGGCAGAGGUAUGUCAUCAGUAGCGGGCUCUGUGUAACAGAAGCAUGGUCCCUGUCUUUAAGGGUGCUACUGCUAUCAAGUGAGACGGGGAUUGGUCACCUUUACUAUGAAGUUAAAGCACCGUGUGCUGGGUUCUAUCGUAGGACUUUCAUUUCUUUUAACCUGUAUCUACUUACUACAAACUUUGCCAAAAAUCAUAGAGUACUCUAAACCGUCCUAUCAUGUCAGGAAACUAAUUCCUAGAAUUGUGGAUACGGACGCUCAUUUCUCGGCUCUGAGGAAAAGGUUAAACAAGAGUAAUUACACGAGUGAUGAAUUCAGUCCGGAGGCUGUGGAAGGGGAGAGAGGGCAGUCCAGGGGAUUGGAAGACGGGAAACCCCACGAGGAAAUUCCCGUCAAGUUUACGGACGAAGAUGUGGACUCUAUGCUACAGAAGUUAGGGAGGACACAUCCUAAGAUGUUUGAUAUGGAUGAAUUACGUGUGACUCCAUACGACACUGUACUGUGGAACAUUAAGAAACGAAGUCAUAAAAAAGGGAUUUAUUUACCUGGAUAUGCUGAUCAGAAGGAUGCCGGGGGUGGAUCCGAUAACUGGGAGAAAUUUCAAAGGGGAAUCAAUCAGUAUUAUAUGUAUGACCCCGAUGACCCCGCCAUUGACGGUUUGUUGACGGACAUGGAAAGGGAAACCGUUAUUGAUGUUGAGCAAAAAGAUGGCGGCACACAGCUCAAAUUGAUCAUCACCUUCGAGGACGAGGGGCAGGCAUUAUUCAAACCAAUGAGGUUUCCUCGGGAAGUUGAAACUUUGCCAAAUCACUUUUACUUUAGUGACUAUGAGCGCCAUUACGCGGAAAUAGGGGCCUUCCACUUAGACAGAGUACUGGCUUUCUACAGAGUUCCACCCGUGGCGGGAAGAAGAUUUAACAUGACAUCAGAGAUCAAAAGACUAGCAGAUCGAAAACUCGCCAAAACUUUCUUCAUUUCACCUGCCAACAAUGUUUGCUUCCAUGGCUCGUGCUCUUACUAUUGUGAUUCUGGUCAUGCGAUCUGUGGUAACCCCGACACGGUAGAAGCGUCCCUAGCAGCUUUCUUACCCCCAGAAAAAAUAGCCAGGAGAAAGACAUGGAGGAACCCAUGGAAAAGAUCAUACAGCAAACAUCGCAAAGCAUACUGGGAAGUAUAUGAUGACCUUUGUGACAAGGUUAGAACUAAGCCCCCUUACAACAACGAACGAAGACUACAGGAUCUCAUAGACAUGCAUAUAUUUGACUUUUUAACAGGAAAUCUUGAUCGUCACCAUUACGAAACGUUCAGAGAUUUCGGAAACGUUACAUUCCACAUGCACUUAGACAAUGGUCGAGCGUUUGGUAAGUCAAAGAAAGACGACCUCUCUAUUCUGGCUCCAUUAACUCAGUGCUGCGUAAUAAGGUUUUCUACGUUCAUCAAGCUGUCCAAAUUUUACGUAGGUCCAGAGAGACUGAGUAACUCACUAAGGAAAUCUCUCAAAAAGGACAGCGUACGACCUAUCCUAUUGGAGCCACAUUUGAUAGCACUGGACAGACGAGUUGUAAUUAUUCUUAAAGAAAUUGCCAAAUGUCUGGAAAAAGGACUAGAAGUCAGUGAAGUUAUAGUCGACGACUUUUUCUAGAAUUGUUACAAACCUUAUUAAGGUAUUAAAAUCUUCAGUAGAUUCAAAGGAAAAGUGCUGAAGGAUUCCGAGGACCUGAUUCUUCAUACGGGAACUAAGGGCCAGUGCUGGCCACGCAAUUAACCCAGGAAUAGUGCUUCAGUUUUCUACAAAACGUAUGCUUCGUGACAGACUAUUCUUAUAAAUCAUUAAUACUUCUUACAUGUUAAUUGAGGUCGUCUUUGUAGUGCAAGAUUUAGCUCACCGAGUUUACAUCUCUACCAGCGGUGAAUCAUCUUAAAAAUUGAUGUUAUAUUUGCUUUUAUAUAUGGAUAACCCUUGUAUAAAGGCUUCAACUUUUGUAUAUUCUAAUGAAAUUACAUCAUGCUGUUAUUGACCCCUCCCACCCCCCACCCCCCCCCCCCACCCCCAAAAAAAAGACGAUAUAGAUACAGGUUAUUGUCGGAUGUUGUAUAGCACUUGUUUACAUUUCCAUGCCAUAAAUAAGAAAAAUACGAAAUUUUACACAUAUGCAGAUAUGAAGAAAGCAUAUGAAGAGUAUUUUUGCAUUUUUAUUUAUCAUAUGUAUUUGUUUACAUGGAGGUAUUUUAAUUAGAGGAUAUCUGUCUUUACUUCAUGUGGUGCUGACAUCGUUAAUUAUUCAAGCUGGUUAUACUGUACCUCUUAACGAUUUUUAACCCUGAGUCUAUAUAAUAUUAAACCUGACUGGUAUUUUGUGAACCAACUUGAGGAUCUAGUGAACUGGUUAGGGAUUUAUUGAACAACCUGUCUAGAUCAAGUGAACAUGACUGGAGAUCGUGAAUCUGAUUCUAGGAUCUAGCGAACCUGACGUGGUAGCUAUUGAACCUGACUUGCUGUUCAAAGUACUUGGUCAUCUAGUCUAAGAAUGUUUAAAUUCUGUAGUCUUAUUUUCUACACAAACUAAGUAAAUGAAAGAAAAGUAUUAAGGUAAAAGAGUUUCUAACUUUUUCAUUUGUUUAUAAAAUCUAGAUUAAUGUUAUUCAGCUGAUUUAGAAAAGUAAAAAUGAUUUUACUUACCCUCGACGGGUUUCAAAGUGAUUUACUCAUGUGAUACCAUAACGUUGUUUUAAAAAUGUUUCAUUAAUGAAACAGUGGGCAGUGGAAGAGUUAGACCAGAUCAAAAGAAUACAAAUAUUAUACCACAGUAUGACAACCAAGCGUAGUGAAAUGAAGGCUUGUUUGAAUUUCCUAUUUUUUUUAAUCAACAGUCAUUGACAAUGUCUGCGAACCUACAUUCCUGAUAGAGUUAGUCGUCUAAGUGACAUUCCACGCCAAAUGAGGCCUUACAUUAUCAUAUCAUAGAGAGAAUCAUUGCAUGUGUGCCCUGUUAUUAAGAAUGUUUGGGAUGAAAUCUAUAAUGUUUGUUGGUGCAAUAAUUUAUUGGAGUUGUAUUGUCUCUUCUGUAUGUAUAUGAUUGUUACUGAGUAAUGCACAUGAAUAAAAUGGUUUGAAAGCUA